CUCUCAGCUGCUCACACACACACGGUGAGUGAUGCUCGAGCAGCAGCAGCAGCAGCAGCAGAAAGCAGCAUUAACCUCACAGACGUGGACAGAAGCUGACUCGGACGGCAUAUGAAAUUCACCAGGAUCAAUCGAGUGAAAAUGCAUGGCCUGUAAGCUGCCAAUCAUGGCUCACAGGAAGAGGCCAGGGACCAGUGGGGGUAACAGUAUGGAUGCUCCAGGCCCCGUGUCCUGUCCCACCGCUCAUCCUACAGAGCCAUGUGACCUGAAACCCCUCCCUCCUCGGCAACGCCCGGUUCGCUACCCCAAAGAGCCACAUGAUCUGAAACCCCACCCUCGCACCUGUAAGGCACAAUAUUCCUCUACAAAGUCUCAAGACGUGGGUCACAGUCAUUCAGACGUGGAGAUCACCACAGACGUUGAUGUUCAGCGGUGCGGUAACCAGGCCGACGCAGAGCUGCCGGGUCAGCGGCCGGCGACGCCCUCCACGCCGGAGCACGAGCGUGAACAAGAUCACCGCGACCAGGCGGACUUCCACGGUGGCGCUGACAGCCUGGACGAUGACUCCAGCUCUGACUAUAUCAACAACACCUCAGACGAUGAGGAAGACUAUGAUGAUGGACUGGCAGAGGAGGACGAAGGUGUGACUUACUACAUCCGCUACUGCCCAGAGGAUGACAGCUACCUGGAAGGCAUGGAUUGCAGCAGCCAGGGAGACUGCAGCCACAGCCAGGGCCACAGCCAGGGCCACAGUCAGGGGGACUGCACGGGCACCAUGCAACCAGCCGGACCCCACACUGAUGAAUGUCAGGAGGCUGUGGAAGGCUGGGUUGAGGAAGAAGAGGGUGAGGGAGAGGUAAGGGAGGAAGAAUGGGUGGAGGAUGAGGAGGGAGACCGGGCAGUGAGGGAAGAGUGGAGAGAAGAAGAGGAGGAAGGGGUGAGAGAAGAGUGGAGAGAAGAAGAGGUGAGAGAAGAGUGGAGAGAGAGUGAUGAGAAUGAGCGGGAGGAGUGGAAAGAGGAGGGCCAGGUCAGGCAGGAGCAGUGGGUGGGGCGGGAGAGGCACAGGGUGGAGGACUGGGGUGAGGCAGAGGGGGAGGUUCGCUGUGAGGUGGUGGAGCAGGAUCCAGAUGAGCAGAUAUACAACGGAAGACCAGAACCCAUUCUGGACCAUCACCAUCAUCACCACCAUCAUCCACCCUCCCUCCAAGACACCCUGCACAACCACGGUGAAGAGGAGGAGGAGGAGGAGGAGGAGGAGGCAGAGAGUGAGGACUACUGCCCUCACGGGGAGGAAGAUGAGGAAGGUGAGGAGGACGAGAGACAUGGGAGGGCCUACACUGGAGACUACUAUGCCCCGGAGGACAAUGGGAACUCAGUGCGCGUGUCUCCGUACCGCAGCAGAAAAGUGGUGGUGGUAGAGGGGGAGACGGGGGAGGAGGCAGAGGAGGACAUUGACCAAAUAGUUGCUGAGAUAAAGAUGAGUAUGAGCAUGGGGAGUCUCAGCAGCAGCACAGAUCAAAGCCCAGAGGAGCUGGCGCACGACCCCGCACCGAGUAACUACGCUCACGCCAAGCCCGACCCGGCCUCCUACCCGCCAGCUCACCACCGGCAUGACAGCAGACCCAAGUCUCUGAAUCUGCCCUCCAUGCACCACAACAACCCCGAGCUGCAGAGGAACAUCAAGGCACAUCCACGUUCACCAGAGGACAGGCAGAGAUGGACACAAGAGCAGGUGAGCAACGGUGCAGAGCAGCCCAGAAAGCAGCAGCGCUCCGACCUCAAUGUUCCCCUGGAGAACAACAAUGUACCUGAGCCAACGAAGAAGGUUGCAUCGUUCCCCAGCUUUGUCGAUGUCCCAGGACCCUGUGAGCCAGAAGACCUGAUUGAUGGAAUUAUCUUUGCUGCUAACUACUUGGGCUCCACUCAGCUGCUGUCUGAGAGGAACCCCUCCAAGAACAUACGCAUGAUGCAGGCACAGGAGGCCGUCAGCAGGGUCAAGAGGGUACAGAAGGCUGCCAAAAUCAAGAAGAAGGCGAGUGCAGAUGGAGACACGCAAACCCUCACUGAGGUGGAUCUGUUCAUCUCCACGCAGAGGAUCAAAGUGCUCAACGCAGACUCACAGGAGACGAUGAUGGACAACGCGCUCCGCACGAUAUCCUACAUCGCCGAUAUUGGGAACAUUGUGGUCCUGAUGGCUCGACGCCGGAUGCCGCGCACGGCCUCACAGGACUGCAUCGAGUCCACGCCCGGGGCACCCGAGGCCAAGAAGCAGUACAAGAUGAUCUGCCAUGUCUUUGAGUCUGAGGACGCGCAGCUCAUCGCCCAGUCCAUCGGCCAGGCGUUCAGCGUCGCUUACCAAGAGUUUCUGAGAGCCAACGGCAUCAACCCUGAGGACCUGAGCCAGAAGGAGUACAGUGACAUCAUCAACACCCAAGAGAUGUACAAUGACGACCUCAUCCAUUUCUCCAACUCUGAAAACUGCAAAGAGCUGCAGCUGGAGAAGAGUAAAGGGGAGAUCCUGGGUGUCGUGAUCGUGGAGUCCGGCUGGGGAUCCAUCCUGCCCACGGUCAUUUUAGCCAACAUGAUGAACGGCGGGCCGGCGGCUCGCUCGGGCAAGCUCAGCAUCGGAGACCAGAUCAUGUCAAUCAACAACACCAGCCUGGUGGGGCUGCCGCUCGCCACCUGUCAGGGAAUCAUUAAGGGCUUAAAGAACCAGGUGCAGGUGAAAAUGAACAUCGUCAGCUGUCCUCCUGUUACCACCGUCCUCAUUAAGAGACCAGAUCUGAAGUAUCAGCUGGGCUUCAGUGUCCAGAACGGCAUAAUCUGCAGUCUGAUGCGAGGCGGUAUCGCAGAGCGAGGCGGGGUCCGCGUGGGCCACAGGAUCAUUGAGAUCAACGGGCAGAGUGUGGUGGCCACGGCUCAUGAGAAGAUCGUCCAGGCGCUCUCCAACUCUGUCGGCGAGAUCCACAUGAAGACGAUGCCGGCGGCCAUGUUCAGACUCCUCACAGGCCAGGAGACUCCUUUGUACAUAUGAAUGACGUCUGGUGUCCGUGAGUCGGUCGUCUUAUCGACCGACCGGGGACUUUUUUUUUUCCAGUCUUUCAUAAUCCCCCACGUCUCUAACUUAACCAUGAAAUGCUUUCUUUUCUCCGUCUUUUAUCUCAAGAGACGAGCGCGCGUGCGACGUUCAUUUAAUUCCUCUGUGCUUAUCUGUGUGACGUCAUACGGACGGACUUAUUGAGCGAACGCAUCACAGUUUAUUAUUUUUAUAUUCCCAUGACGCAAUAUGGCACCGCUACUAUACAUCUUGUAUAGUUUCCAUUCCCUUCUCCACUUAUUUAUUUAUUUGUGGUGUAAAUACAUAUUUUGCUAAUAUUGUGACUGAGGGCGGCAGCCGCACUGUAAAUAUUUGUCGAAUUGGAAGCAGACCUCGACUAAUUGUGGAACACUUCAGUGUUUGAAACGUUGUUAAGAUGAUAUAAUGUACAUGUGAAUCGAUCCGAUGCUUGCAGCAGGGGCUUAUGGGAGAAAUGCCAUAUCCUUUUGAUUUACUCCAUUUUACGGCAAUACACAACGUACACGUUCGGAACUCCGGAGCGAUGAGAAGUCUUUUCUAAGUCUCGUGUACAAACCCUCACACACACAUUUGAAGAACAUGCAACUUUGAUUAUGCCUUUGAUAUCAAAAAAAAAAAAAUCACGCGUAUGACGCGUAAAAAAACGGCGUCGCUUUUUUCUUCCGCGUGCUCUCUGCUGUUUGUUCAUCUUUGGUGUUCCCGACUGAAACUCAUUGAAGACUAUGAGUGGAUUGUGAAUGUAACCCGUGUCGUGUGCGCUGUCCCAUUUGCCAUAAGCAGUAUUAGAAUGUCUGUACAUAACGAGAUGAUUUUUGUCUAGUAUUGUGCUCUGCAAAAAAAAAAAACACCUUCACUCCGCUAUGUUGGCUUUCAGUCGCGAGAAAGAGAGAACUGUGAAUCACACACUGUGACAGAAGAAGAAGAAAAAGAAGGUUUUAAAACGCGUUGUACUAAAGUUUCAACCAUUUGAACAUUAUCUGUGUGCAUGCCUCGUAAAGUAGUAUCAUGUCACUGUGGCAAGAUAAUAAAUACUGAGCUGAA